AUGGAGUCUCUCAUCAUUCUUCCUUUUUUGUUUCCACACACAGACCUGCAGAGGGAGCUCAGCACUAACAAACAGCGAGCCACUGCAGCUGUGCAACUCCUCAGUGAGGAGAAAUCAAAGCCGAGGAUCCAGCAGAGUGCCGCCGCAUGUGCUGUUAACAACACAGACAGAAUGCUGUCGGAUGAAUGGGGCAUUCAGCACCGCCCUUUACAAACUUAUUGCACCGGUCAUCAUUUCAUCCCUGACAACUACAAUCCCCAGUUCCUGCCUCCCAGUAGUUCAGUGAUAUCUGAUGUCUUCCAGCUGGUGCCUUUUAAACCACCAGGAAACGACAGCAGAAUGGCACUCAGCAACUCUGGUUCUGCGGCUCAGAAACCUGCUGAGACGGCUGAUGUUUUCCUCCAGACGCCAUUUGGAAAAAGGCAGGAAACCAGCAAAGCUGCUCCCACUGAUGUGCACAUAUUUAAGCCCAGUGCACGGCAGCUCCACAACAGCAAGCAGCACCCCCUCAAUGCCUGGGCAGCUCCUCUGCACACAGAGACUCCUCUGCUCCAGCAACCCAUGGCGGUGCACCGGGUCGUCUCCAGGGUUGGUCAGCAGGCCGCUGUGGGCUCCGUGGCAGUGGGGCCUCUGCGUUCUUGGACUAUAGUGGGAAAAACUCUCAAUGACCCGUUCAAUGCGGCACCUUUUCAGCCAAGAUGGUCUAAAGGGAAACCAUAA